CAGAUUCUUUUUUCAUAUUCUCAACAGUUUUUAUCAGGCGAGUCUGUUAUCUUACAUUAUUCCGUACAAAGAGCAGCAAGUCAGAGUUCAUUUGGUUAAUCAGUAUCUUUAAGGUGCAGAUGUUAAAAACACAACAGCUGGUUUAUCACACAGCCACCAUGGAGCUGCGUCUGUCUGUCUGCAUCCUGCUGCUGUUUUGUGCUGCAGAAAACUCAAAUGGAGGGAAGAUUUUGGUGUGGUACAGUGACGCCAGUCACUGGAUCAACAUGAAGCCCCUACUGGAGACACUGGUGGACAGAGGACACCAGGUGACGGUCCUGGUCCCGAGCACAUCGCUGUUCAUGAACAGCAGCGAACCGUCUCGCUUCCAGUAUGAACCUUUUGACGUCGACGUCUCAUUUGAAGAGUUAGAAAAGAUUAUUGAAACUAUUAUUCACUUCUUCAUGUAUGAAAUGGAUUUUAUGAAUCCCUUUGAAAUUUACAUAAAAUUUUAUAAUUUAAUGAAGAACAAUAAGAACAUUACUUUUAAGUUUUUGGAUGGCGUUGUGAAAUCAGAACCCAUCAUGAGGAAGCUGAAGGAGGGAAACUACGACUUGUUAUUUGCUGAUCCGAUCUACGGCGGAGGCGACCUGACUGCAGACAUUUUGGGAAUUCCUCUGGUCCUUUCUUUGUGUUUUUCCUUAGCAAACAACUGGGAGAGGAUGUGUGGUCAGCUUCCUGCUCCACCAUCCUUCGUCCCCGGUGCUGCUAGCAAACUUACAGACAAGAUGGACUUCUCAGAGAGACUGUACAAUGUCCUCUUCUACACUUUGCAGGACGUCAUGAUGGAACAAAUUCUGUGGAAAGAAAUGGACAAAUAUUACUCUGAAAUCAAAGGAACACCCACCAGUGCCUGUGAGUUGAUGGGAAAGGCGGAUAUCUGGUUGAUGAGAACCUACUGGGAUUUUGAUUUUCCUCGUCCACUUCUCCCCAACUUUAAAUUUGUUGGAGGGAUCCACUGCAGACCAGCUAAACCUUUACCAGAGGAAAUGGAAGCGUUUGUCCAGAGCUCUGGAGAUGCUGGGAUUGUUGUCUUCUCUUUAGGAUCGAUGAUAAAGAACGUAUCCACAGAAAAGGCGAACAUGAUCGCCUCAGCACUCGCUCAGCUUCCACAAAAGGUGCUGUGGAGAUACAGUGGCCAGAAACCCGAGACUCUGGGUUCCAACACCAGAAUAUACAACUGGAUCCCACAGAACGACUUGCUGGGUCAUCCUAAAACCAAAGCUUUCAUCACUCACGGCGGUGCAAACGGAGUUUUUGAGGCCAUCUACCACGGCGUUCCCAUGGUGGGAAUCCCCAUGUUCGCUGAACAGCCAGACAACAUGGUGCAUAUGGAGGCCAAAGGAGCUGCAGUUACUGUUAAACUGAACUUUAUGACAACUGAGAGCCUCAGAGAUGCUGUAAACAUGGUCAUCAACGACAAAUCCUACAAAGAAAACGUGAUGCGACUGUCCAGAAUCCACCAUGACAGACCCAUGAGUCCUCGGGACGAGGCCGUCUUCUGGAUCGAGUUCACCAUGAGGAACAAAGGAGCCAAACACUUGAGGGUUCAGGCCCACGAACUCACCUGGUACCAGUACCACAGCCUGGACGUCCUGGCCUUCCUCCUUAUUAUAGAUCUGCUCCUCAUCUACAUCCUCUUCAAGAGCUGCAGCUUCUGUUUCAAGAGAUGCUGCAGCAGAAAAAAGACAAAGAGAAAAGCAGAGUAAAAAAAAGAUUAAUCCCUUUUGUACA